CUGUUUGUUGCAAAAAGACGUCAAACUUUAAAGUAAAAGCUUGCGAUCAAGAGUUCAGAUCAGUUUUGGUGUGUCAUAACUCACUCACUCACUUACUCACUCUCUCCCAUAGCUAGUCAGCCGUUGGGGCAGCAUGAUGUUUGGCAAAGGUUUUCUGCUGACGGUAUUCUGCCAGUCUGGCCAUCUGUCAUAAAGGUCACAACAAAUUGCCUAUUAACAUUUACCAACAUAUGUAUAUCUCUAAGCUGCGAAAAUUAUGAAUUCCGGUUAUUUCUUCCAUUGCCUAUUUUUCAACAUUGCCAAUGAAACCCCACAACUAUUAUAUUAAAUGAUAAUAUGAUUAAAAUCACAAUCAGAAGUGGUUCCAUUGGCUUAAUCACAAUGGAACACCACUUGUCUAUACUGUGGUAUUUAAUUUUACAGUGAGAAGAAGAUUUGUUACAAAGGGUUUUUGUGGUGUCGUUUUGUUUCAAUCAAGGAGGUUGUUUCAAUGCACUACAUGUACUAGAUAUCGGCCCCUAGAACGUUAACCUUUGACCUCGUGACCGAAAGUUCACCGUGAGUCCAUCUCACUUCCUGUACGCCACGGUUUACAGGUACCGUCAUGGCGGAGGCCAUAAUUAGCCAGAUUUCGGACGACUUUCUGGAGUGUACGAUCUGCCUGGAGCCCUAUAAGGACCCCAAGGUCCUGCCGUGUCUUCACACCUUCUGUAAGGACUGUCUGAAGAAGUUUGUCGCGCAGCAAGGCGAAGGGAAAGACGGCAACUUUCCGUGUCCAACAUGUCGGAUCGAAACUGAACUUCCGGGGGGCGGCGUCGAGGGGCUCAAGGACAACUUCUUCGUGCUCAGUCUUCAAGAUGCCGUUGACGUCCAUAAGAAGUUGUCCCCGGGCAGUACAGAUGCCAUCACGUGCAGCACAUGCGAUGAAGGGAAUGUGGCAACUUGUUGGUGUCGUCAAUGCGAUGAUUUUCUCUGCCAAGAUUGCCUGACCGCUCAUCAGCGACUGAAGCUCACCCGAGAUCACGACACUUUGAGUCUCCAGGAGCUCAAAAGCCGUUCGACGUCCAACCCGCUUGCCGUCAAGUCCCAGCGACAGCCGACGUGCCCCGAACACAACGGCGAGGAACUCCGCUUCUACUGCCAGACGUGCCAAAGUCCGAUCUGCCGGGACUGUCUAGUUUUAGAGCACAAAGAUCACGAGCACGGCUACCUGCCCAAAGUGGUGGGUGGGAUCAGAGAGAAGUUGAGCGACAGCGCAGACAAGGCCCAACCCAAAAUUGACGAGUACCAAAUCCUCAAAGAAAAGGUUGCCAACAAGAAGACAGACCUGGAUACCAACAAGAAAAAGGCUCAAGACGCCAUAGCUGAAGUUAUCAAAGAGUUCACUGAUAAUGCCAGGCGUAAACAAGCCGAACUCGAAGAAAAACUUGCCUCCAUCGCCGCCACGCGUCUCAAGGAGCUGUCUGCGACAGAAGAUACCGUUGAGAGCGCCCUGGGCUGUCUGUCCAGCACGGUGGACUACGCACGGAAAAUCGUCGAGCAUGGCAGUGACUUUGACGUCUUGAACGUGCACUCUGACGUCACAGCACGACUUGACCUUCUGCUCAAAGGACAAAUCCCAGACAUUUCUGAUUUUGUCAGCUACGUCACAUACCGAGCAAGUCCAACCAUAAACGUUCAGGAAGUCAAUUUCGGAAACAUUUUCGAUUUCCCCCUCCGCACCGCCAAGUUCACCACCCUGGGCGCCACCGGUCGUGAGGGCCCCUCUACCCUGGGUACCCACUACAGGGGACAGGACCAUGAACACCUGGUGACGCUACAUGACGGGAUACAACACUUCACUGUACCGGCAACGGGAACGUACAACAUAGAGGCGGCAGGUGCUGCCGCAGGGUGGAGUUUGAUUAAUCUGAAGACAUCUCGUGGACGGGGUGCUGUGGUGAAGGGAACAUUCUCGCUUGAAAACGGUGAGAUGCUGAAGAUCCUAGUCGGACAGGAAGGUGCUGAGAUGGACGAAAACCAAGUCCAAGAUAUCAAGUACGAACGCAGUGGCGUAGGGGGAGGAGGAGGAACAUUUGUUACCAAGUCUGACAACACGCCACUCAUCAUCGCGGGGGGUGGGGGAGGGGGAGGCAAGGGGCUAAAGACUCAUAACCCCCUGUGUGAUGGGACUGUCUCAACAGCUGGGAACAGGAGUUAUGUGGAAGGAAAAUCCGGUUAUAGUGGGGGGACUGACGGACAGGGGGCGACAGAAUGGGAGGAUGACUACAUGGGUGGGGGAGGGGGAGGGCUGCUGACGGAUGGGGGUAGCUGUAAAUGCUUUGGGGGUAAGAGUUGUGGUUCGGGUGGUGAGGGUGGAAAGGCGUUCACUAAUGGCGGAAAUGGGGGCCGUGGGUAUGCUAGAAAUGCUGAUGGUGGUUUUGGUGGAGGUGGAGGGGGUGAGGGACAAGGUGACGGUGGAGGUGGGGGAGGGGGGUAUUCAGGGGGAGGCAGGGGGUGCAGCGGUGUUGUAAAUGGUGGCGGUGGCGGAGGUUCUUUUAAUUCCGGUUCUGACACCAGCGGCCAGGCUGGGGCAAAUGACGGACCGGGUUAUGUAAUCAUUACUAUGAAAACAUAGAUA